AUGGUCAUCCGAGUACCGGCCCUAGUUUCAAAAAAAGGGGAAAUGGUUAAAAAGGCAGCUGUUGGUGAUUUGGCUAUACUGAAAAAUGAGCUGUUGCCACCUUCACAUUGGCCGUUGGCCAGGAUCACAAAAAAUCACCCUGGAUCAGAUGGAAUUCGGGCGGUAACAUUCAAGAGUCCUUCUGGACAACACUUCAAACGUCCAGUUGUGAAAUUUUUAGUUUAUCCCACCACAGGAUAUAGAGAUCACGAUGCAGUUAUUCAGGAACCAGCAUUGUUACAUCUCCAUUCAAAAUGUAGUUUCUUUUGUUUAUAUUCAUAA